AUGCCCGACCGCACCGUCUAUCUCGAGACCUUCGGCUGCCAGAUGAACGAGCUCGAUUCCGAGCUCGUCGCCGGGCAGCUCACGGCCCUGGGCUACCGCCUCACGGGCGAGGCGGACGCGGCGGACGUCGUGCUCUACAACACCUGCUCCGUGCGCGACCUGGCCGAGCAGAAGGUCCGCUCCCGCCUGGGCGAGAUCCGCCUCCGCAAGGCGGAGGAGCCGGGCCUCGUGGUGGGGGUGCUCGGGUGCAUGGCCGAGCGCGACGGGGAGGACCUGAUCCGCAAGUUCCCGGUGGUGGACGUGCUCUGCGGGCCGGCGGAGCUGGACAAGCUCCCGGGCCUGCUCGAUAACGCCGUCCGCACCCGCGAGAGCCUCGUGGCGGACGCGGGGGACGAGGCGGUCCUCACGAAGAAGAACGGGCGAACCGUCCACGCCAGCGCCGAGCGCAGCGCCAAGGUCGUCGCGCUGCAGGGCGACUCGUCCCGCCGCAGCUCCACGCUCGCGGCCGCGGGGGACUCGCUCGAGAUGCUCGACCUGUCGCGCGCCGUCUCGCCUCACGAUCACGACGGCAGCGCGUACGUCCGCAUCACGCGCGGGUGCAACAAGUUCUGCACGUACUGCGUCGUCCCGCACACGCGCGGGGCGGAGAUCCACCGCCCGCCGGACCACAUCGUCGACGAGUGCAAGCGCCUCGCGGACGCGGGCAUCGUCGAGGUCACGCUCCUCGGGCAGACGGUGAACCACUACCGCUUCGAGCACGGCAGCUCCGUCUCCGUGAGCGGUGUCACGCAGCCGCAGAAGGGCCGGACGUACAAAGGGUCGCACCACCGCGACGUCUACGCGGGCGAGCGCGUGACGACCUUCGCCGACCUGCUCAAGCGGAUCCACGACGAGGCCCCGGGCAUCCAGCGCCUGCGUUUCGUCACGAGCUACCCGCGCGAUUUCGGGAACGACGUCCUCGAGGUCAUGCGCGAUUCACCGCGGAUCUGUCGCUACCUGCACAUCCCGGCGCAGUCCGGCUCGAACGAGGUGCUCGCCCGGAUGAACCGCGGGUACACCGUCGAGGAGUACCUCGAGUUCCUCGACCGGGCCCGCCACUUCCUCGACGAGCCCGAGAAGGGACGCCCGCUCAUGCUGGCGGGGGACAUGAUCGUCGGCUUCUGCGGCGAGACCGAGGCGGAUUUCGAGGCCUCCAAGGAGCUCCUCCGCAAGGCCCGCUACAAGAACUGCUUCAUCUUCAAGUACUCUCCCCGCCCCGGCACCACCGCGUACGACCGCAUCGCGGAUGACGUGAGCGAGGCGGACAAGCGUCGCCGGUGCAACGAGCUGCUGGCCGUGCAGCACGAGAUCAGCCACGGGAUCAGCGAGUCCCUGGUCGGGAGCGUGCAGCACGUGUUCGUCCAGGGGGUGAGCGAGUACGAGCGCAAACGGGCGAAGGCGGCCGACAACGGCAUGAUCUCCCUCACGGUGGGGGGGCGAUCGGACCUGGGAUCGACGAACGCGGCGGUCCUGGAGCGGGCGAGCGGCCCGGUGCAGAUGACCGGGCGGACGGACGGCGACCUGAUCGUCGUCUUCGAUUGCCCGGAAUCCCGCUCCGCGACGGGGCUUAUCGGGCGUGUCGUCCCGGUGAGAAUCGCCCGCGCGAACGUGCUCACGCUCUUCGGCGAGCUGGUCUGA